UCGGAGCGGACUGUUUACCUUCCGCUGCUGACAGGAGGAAUGCUCAUCUUUCUGUCAUCAUGUACUCUCACGGCUCAGAGAGUUUAAUUAAACAAGCAAGGGAGAUCCAGGACUCUGAGCUGCAGAAGUUCUACAGCCGGCUGGUGAAGCUGCUCCAUGGGAAGGAGCUGGGUUACGAGACGGUGGACUCGCUGCAGAGGCUGCACCUCAUCCUCUCCGCCAACAAGUACAUCCGGACGUUGCCUCCAGAGCUUCAGAAGAGGCUUCAGUCGCUCCUCUCCUCCCCUGCCGAGCAGUUUCAGGUGCUGAGCUCAGCGGUGCUCAGAGAGACGCUGCCACCUGCUGCUCACUCAGGGAACUACAGCCAGGAGAACAUCGUCCAGCUGAACAGCCAUGCUGCCGCCCUGCUGCUCUCACAGGCAGGAUCCAGGGCAGACGUGUCGUCUCUCUGCACUCAGCUCCUUCGGGGUCUGGAGAGCCGUCAAUCAGAGGGGCCGACCAACUCGCUCUCACACACUCUGCCCAUCCUCAACACCAUCCUCACACACAACCCCGAGUGCCUCACUGAAGGUAACACACAGUGUCUUCCGCUGUUUUUAAAGGGGACCUAUUAUGCAAAAUCCCCUUCUUCACGUCUCAACUACAUCAACAU